GUCGUGGCCUCGGGGAAAAACAGUCGAGGAUAUCACUACAUCCUGGCUAAUCUAGGUUUCUCCAACGCAAGUCUAGAGAAGGUGUUCUCCGGCGGUGCCAACAUCACCGCAUUUCACAUCAUCGACCCAAAUAACCCCAUAGUACAGCAGUUCCUCCAGCGAUGGGACAAACUGGACGAAAGAGAGUUCCCUCAGGCCAGGGACACACCGCUCAGAUACACCUCUGCACUGACCCAUGAUGCUGUGUUGGUGAUAUCAGAGGCGUUUCGGUAUUUGCGUCGUCAGCGUGUGGAUGUUUCUCGUCGUGGCAGCGCCGGAGACUGUUUAGCAAAUCCAGCUGUUCCCUGGAGUCAGGGGAUCGACAUCGAGAGGGCACUGAAGAUGGUCCAGGUUCAGGGAAUGACUGGAAAUGUCCAGUUUGAUUCUUUUGGACGUCGUACGAACUUCACCAUCGAUGUUUACGAGAUGAAACCUGGUGGAGCCAGAAAGAUGGGGUACUGGAAUGAAUUAGAGAAGUUUGUUUACGUAUCAGAGCUGCAGGUGACGAACGAAUCGUCUUCAAUGGAAAACCGCACGAUUGUCGUCACCACCAUCAUGGAAGCUCCGUAUGUGAUGUAUAAGAGGAAUUACAUGCAGCUGGAGGGAAACGAUCGGUACGAAGGCUACUGCGUGGAUUUAGCGUCUGAAAUCGCCAAACAUGUCAGAAUUAAGUACAAACUGUCCGUCGUAUCUGACGGGAAAUACGGAGCACGGGAUCCGGAGACUAAAACGUGGAACGGGAUGGUGGGAGAACUGGUGUACGGGAGGGCGGACAUCGCCGUGGCUCCUCUGACCAUCACGCUGGUGCGUGAGGAGGUGAUCGACUUCUCCAAACCCUUCAUGAGUCUCGGAAUCUCCAUCAUGAUAAAGAAGCCACAAAAGUCGAAGCCCGGUGUGUUCUCGUUCCUCGACCCGCUGGCGUACGAGAUCUGGAUGUGCAUCGUGUUCGCGUACAUCGGCGUGAGCGUCGUUCUCUUCCUCGUCAGCCGGUUCAGUCCGUACGAGUGGAACACCGACAUCGCAGACGAGGUGAAGGAUCCGCAGGCUCCACCCGAUCCACCCAACGACUUCGGCAUUUUUAACAGUCUGUGGUUUUCUCUCGGAGCCUUCAUGCAGCAAGGAUGCGAUAUCUCACCAAGGUCUCUGUCAGGUCGUAUAGUGGGAGGGGUGUGGUGGUUCUUCACUCUGAUCAUCAUCUCGUCUUACACGGCUAACCUGGCGGCGUUCCUCACCGUGGAGCGGAUGGUGUCUCCCAUCGAGAGCGCUGAAGAUCUCGCCAAGCAGACGGAGAUCGCGUACGGAACGCUCGACUCCGGUUCCACUAAAGAGUUCUUCAGACGCUCUAAGAUAGCGGUGUUUGAGAAGAUGUGGUCGUACAUGAAGUCGGCCGAGCCGUCGGUGUUUGUGAAGACGACUCCGGAUGGUGUGGCUCGCGUCAGGAAGUCGAAGGGGAAGUUUGCGUUCCUGCUGGAGUCCACCAUGAACGAGUACAUCGAACAACGCAAACCAUGCGACACCAUGAAGGUCGGCGGGAACCUCGACUCCAAGGGCUACGGAGUCGCCACGCCCAAGGGCUCGGCAUUAAGAAGUGCUGUGAACCUGGCUGUGUUAAAGCUGAACGAGCAGGGCCUGCUGGACAAGCUGAAAAACAAGUGGUGGUACGACAAGGGGGAGUGUGGCAGCGGGGGAGGGGACUCCAAGGAUAAGACGAGUGCGCUGAGUCUCAGUAACGUGGCUGGUGUGUUCUACAUCCUGGUCGGGGGUCUGGGACUCGCUAUGACGGUGGCGCUAGUUGAGUUUUGCUACAAGUCUCGUCAGGAGACCAAACGGAUCCGACUGCUCAAUCCCGCUCAGAACUUUAAGCACACUCUUCCGGCCGGCGCGCAGGGCUUCACCACCUACAGGGAGGGCUACAACGUCUACGGCACCGAGAGCGUCAAGAUCUAGCACUCGCCAGCGUGCGUAUCGCAGAACUCCCUCCCCGGAUGCAGGAGGUCUUUUGGAGGUCCGAUUCUCAGCGACUGCUUUUAACAGGAUAGGAUACACCCCUUUGAGAUUGGCUCCUCCCACCACUUUAAUCUCCUCCCCUUGGAUCUGCUGAAACCCUAGCAAUUGCGCUCAGAUUCUGCAAUAUCUCUCGGUGCCUUACAGGAGACACGUUAACUCGGAACAUUCUACAGAGCUUCCUCUCCAAUCCAAACUUCCUGUCCACCCCAGAGCACUUCCUCUUCACUCUCCAUCUGCUCAUCUCCACCGUUGAACCGUUUAUUCACUUUAUUCUCACUCGCUGUCAGUUCUGCUGAGAUUUUCUUCUCGGUCUGAAGACUCCAGAUUGCUUCAUCUCCACCCAGAGCUUCACUUCACUGCAGAACCCGAGAACAGCGCAGAGCAGCGCUUCCUGAACUCGGGGUCAUGACCUCACGUACAGUCGCUUGAUUUAGAAACGGGGUUACAGAGAGAAUCUCACAAUCUUUUUUCGUUUGAUUUGUGUAUUUUACCGAGUAAUAUUAGAAAUACUGAAGACACAUUUUGUGUGCUAAUGCUUUGAGUCACAUUCAGACAAACCACGUUUAAAUGUGAAAAGUUUAGCAAUAAAUACGAAUAAAUUUCCCCAUCUAUCUACUCCCGCUAACUCCUCAACUGGCCUCAUUUAUCAAACUAGAUAAGUCGGAUAAAUUACAUUUGAAAUAAGAAAUUUGUUAUUUGUGAAAACGUUCGUGUCCUACUUGUGCUCCUAAGCGUGUGUAAAUUAACCCCUAAAAAAGACGAACUAAAAUAAACCUUGAAUUAAUCGACUUCAGAUCAUAUAAUCUGCAUGGAUCACUGCACUUUUAUAUCCGGAAUAUUCUGUGGAGUUUAAACUCGCUUAUUAUAAUAAUAAUAAUAACAAUGUUAUGAAAUAUUUUUAUUGGUAUAGAAGUGAGUCAAAAUAACUCCCACUUCUGUCUCCACUGUUGUGUUUACCCGAUUGUUCAUGUCGUGCUCCCAGCUGUCUGCACACUUGACCUUUUAUGGAGUUCUGUGGGCGUGGCUACAUGUAAAAGAGCUUUACUGGUGAUUAACAUACACACACGAGUACAAAGAAAUCCAGCUUUUCCAAAACUUUAUAAAUCCAGCAGAAAGUUUGGCCAAAAUGAUGUUGAUAAAUGAGGUUUAGGUUUCUGGUUUAGGUCAGCUCCCAGAAAUACGCGAAAACUUUUCGUGAAUACGGAUUCACACUCGUGAUGGUAAAUAAGGACUUACAGAACAUUCAGAAUGUCCAUUUGGGGUUGUUGGUCUUAAAAGUUUGGGAACCGUUGUUCUAGAGCGAUCUCCAUCAUCUCCACUCCACAGCAGUUCGUUAGAGUUUAUGGAUCUCCUCCAGAUCUUCGUGUUGUAGAGCGUUUCAUCCAUACGUCGUAGUGCUUCAUGUCAACUCCAGAGCUGUUCUCCACAAUGCUAGGGUUCUAGAGCGCCUCGCUUCAGCAUCAUCUCUAAUCAUCUCUAGAGCAGGUCAGUUCUAAUCCGCAGUGCUUCCAGACCCGUCCCGCUGAACAGACACGGUGGAUAAACGAGGUGAACGUUAAACUGGUUUUGGUCUAACUUUUAUUUCUCUCUCUCUCUCUGUCUCUUCCCUUUAGAUAAGAAUGGUACACUGAAAAGAGUGUUUCAAUCACAGCUUGUAGAGUUCGUUAUAAUUAUUUUAGUUGAAUGAAUUUUAAAUUAAGAGACCAUGACUGAAAUCUUUCAAAUGAAAACAUAAAUACCACAAUGUGUUUGUGUUCAAGAAACGUGAAAGUGUGUCUCUAGUUUUAUAAAUCAGCAGGAAAUGAAUCUUAAAAGUAUAUUUAUUUAGGGAAAUUUUUAUAAAUACUCUGUUAAUUAUUUAUUAGAUAAAGUUGCAUGUCAGAGGUCAGAGUUGUGAAAGGUCAAAGGUCAUCCUCUUAGUCUUCUGUAUAAUCUAGAAAAGCAUUGACUCCCUGCAUGAGCACCUGCACUAAGGUUUAAUUUCAUUAUAUUUUGUUAAAUAAAGAUUAGAAUGUGAAAGUUUCUCACGUGUAAUAAAUUUUGUAAAUCUGGACAGACGGACGGACGGACAGACAGACGGACAAACGAUGCUAAACUGGAGGCUAUUACUUGUGCAGUUCUGCACUUCUCCGCGAGGUGGCGGUUCACCUCUUGCUCACAGUGUGGCAGGUUAAACACCUGUCUGAUAUUUUAUGGGAAUAAAAACACAACAUGGUGAAAAUAAAACAGAAUAAAAUCACAAGUUUUAUGCCAUAAUAUACAUGAUAUAAUAUUAUUAUAUAUUUAUUUUGAUUUAAACCGAGUGUUUGUGUAUUUCUGCUUCUGACAGCUGUAAUAAAUGUGAAGGCGCAGUUCCACUUUCGGCCAUGCGGUAGUGCUGUUUCUCCAUCAAUAAUCAUUAAAUGUGUCGGUUUUCAUCUAUAAAGACUUAAAUCAUCAUCAGUUUAUUCAGAAACUUCACUUUCAAUUACACACAAUCAUCAUUAAUGAUAAUCAACACCCUGUGUGUGUGUGUGUGUGUGUGUGUGUGUGUGUGUGUAUUGAUCAGUGAUAGGCUGUGUGAUUGAGUUACUGAUCAAGUGUUACCAUAGCAACGUAGUGCAGGAGGUACAUCCCUAGACGAUUUGCUUUUGUAUCAGUCACCUUCAACAGCGACGAGAUUCUAAACCCAGCUGCGUCACCUCCACCUCCUUCCUACAGAGAGGGUUAGAGUUAGAGACUCUCACAUCUGAUAGAGAAUCAACUUAAAGUGGUUUUAAUGAGUGCAGCUAUGCGGCACUUCAACUAACAAACACACACAAACACA